GGAGUGGGUAGAGACAAAGGGAGAGCAUUCCGCAGCUCAAUCUGCUCAUACCUACUGAAAAAUCCAUCCCAAGUUUGAAGUUAUGGCGACCCUUCGUGUUCCUCAUGAUGUUCCUCCCCCAAAUGUUGAUGCAGAAGCCAUUAAAGCUGCUUUCAAAGGGUGGGGGACUGAUGAGAAGGCUAUUGUUGCGGUGCUUGGCUACAGAAAUGCUGGUCAAAGGAGGCAAAUCAGGAUUGCUUAUGAACAGCUUUUUGAAGAGGAUCUUGUUAAGCGCUUUGAAUCUGAGCUCUCUGGCCACAUUGAGAGAGCUGUGUACCGAUGGAUUCUAGAUCCAGAGGACAGAGACGCUGUGUUGGCGCAUGUCGCCUUAAGGAAGCCCAUCGAAGAUUUUGCAGUGAUUGUUGAACUAUCUUGCAUUUACUCUCCUGAAGAGUUCUUGGCCGUCAGAAGGGCGUACCAGCACCGGUACAAGCGAUCCUUGGAGGAAGAUGUUGCCGCCAACACCCACGACGAAUUCCGAAAGCUGUUGGUGGGAUUAGUGAGUGCAUAUCGUUACAAUGGUCAAGAGGUAGAUGCAAGACUCGCGAAGUCGGAAGCUGGGAUACUUGAGAAGGCAAUUAAAGAGAAGACCUUCCAUCAUGAAGAUGUUAUAAGGAUCCUAACCACAAGGAGUAAGGCACAGCUGAUUGCAACUUUCAAUAGCUACAAAGAUGCCAAUGGCAUUUCUAUCUCUAAGCAAUUGGGUCAAGACCGAGCUGCCAAUGAGUUCACCGAAGCACUUAGAACUGUUAUUCGAUGCAUCAAUGACCCUGUCAAAUACUAUGAGAAGGUGGUGCGAAAUGCGAUCAAGAAGGUCGGGAAGAGCGACGAGGAUGCGUUAACUCGAGUGGUGGUGACAAGGGCAGAGAAGGACCUGAGGCUGAUAAAGGAGGCUUAUCACAAGAGAAACAGCGUGACCCUUGAUGAUGCUGUGUCCAAGGAGACCUCUGGCGACUACAAGCACUUCAUCCUUGCUCUUUUGGGCAACUAAGUAAGCUGAUGAGUUACUUACUUAAAGCACUUUAUCCUUGCUCUGAGUGUGUUUUAAUCGGCUUGUAAGUAGUUGCUUUAUAAUAAUAAUAAGCUGCUGGUGCUCCGAGUCUUGUGUCUGUUGAAGAAUGCUUGAUUUUGGUUUUGUAAUGUGGACUUAUUUAUAUAUCAAUUAAGGUGUGUUGUUCCUAUA